ACCCGAGGCAGUAGGGACAAAGAAACCCUGCUCUGCAUCUAAAACUGACAUUGAUUACAUCAGAAUCCACAGUAACCAAACUGAAGCAAAAAAAAAAAAAAAGGCGGCCUAUCACUCCGACAGGAAAAUGAGGCCCAAGUCUAGCUGAAGGACCCUCACACAGUAAGCUUUUGUGCUACUGCAGUCUAACGAAAGCAGAAACAGAGCCACAGCUCUGAAGGUAUGGAACACACAGCAACAUCAAAACAGAGUGGUUUCAUAGGAAGAGUGAGGUUUUAGCUUUCUCUCUUGUGUCUGGGAUUAACAAGGCAAUAGCACGACUGGUGGAUAUCUGGGAUAGCAUAGGGAUACAGGAAGAACAAAGGGUGGAGCGCAUGGAGGCAGUCAAGAAACAUAUUGAGCUUUUGAUGAAUGAAAUGAUUAUAGAAGAAGAAAAUUUAAAGCUAAGAAUCUUAAAGAACAUAAGUGCUUGUCGAGAGGAAUUGGAUAUAUUGUAUCACGAGCUGUCCCUAGAACCUUAUCAAAUUGAUCUGAGUCAGACUGUUCUGCAAUUGGAAAAGGACCUACGAACAAAAUUGGAGGAUCUCGUGAAAGAGAAAACUGACCGUCUGAAAGAGUUGAAAUCCCUUCAAGAGGAGGAGAAGUCCCUUUGCAUUGAUCUUUGUGCCACUCCCUAUUACAUUCCCACAGGCAGUAUACCUUCCCACCAGCAGCUCCAAGAUGUUAAGGAACAUAUCAAAUGUCUUUCACUGGAGCGGGAAAGCCGUGUUGAAGUGUUUUCCGGACUUCGGCAAGAAAUCAGUCGAUUAAUGAAUGAAAUUGGUCACAAUCCUGAAACAACUCUGGAGAAAGAUGCAGUUUGUGAUGAUGCAGACACCUUCCUUCUCACAAGUGAAAACAUCAAAGCCCUGAAACUAAUUGUGUGCCAGUUGGAGGUGAAAAAGGAAACCCUGAUCUCAACACGAGACGAUUUAGUAGAAAAGGUCUCUAAUUUGUGGAAUCGACUAGAGUUUUCACAAGAGGACAAAAAUAAUUUUGAAAACGAUAUUAAGGGCUCUCUUUCUGAUGAGGUUAGAAAGUUGCAAAAUGAGCUGGACCGACUUGAUGAACUCAAAAGGGCUAACAUGGAAGAAGUCAUUGAAAACAUCAGGCACGAAUUGAUGGAGUACUGGGACAAGUGCACUUUCAGCACGGAACAGAGAGAAUCCUUUACAGCCUUCUAUUCGGAUAACUUCAAAGAGGAGUUGCUGAUCAAGCAUGAAAAGGAGCUUGCACGGCUGAAAAAUUACUAUGAUCAGUGCAAAGUGUUGUUUGACGCUGUUAACAAAUGGGAACACAACUGGCAGCUAUUCCAGGAUUUUGAGAAGAAAGCAUCUGAUCCAAACAGGUUUUCUAACAGAGGAGGUACUUUGUUAAGAGAGAGCAAAGAAAGGGCAAAAAUACAGAAGAUGUUACCCAAGCUUGAGGAAGAAAUAAAGGGUUACAUUGAAGCAUGGGAAGCUGAGCAGGGCACAGCCUUUUAUGUCAAGGGACAGAGAUUUAUGGAUUAUGUGGCCAACCAGUGGGAGGAGCUCAAAACACAGAAGGAAAAAGAAAAGAGUCAACGUUUACAGAAAGGGGACAAAUCCUCUUUGAGAACUCCACCUGUCAAAAGACCACACGGCGGAACUACUAUAAUGAAUACUCCGAGUAAGACUAGAAAGCUCCCUUGCACCCCAAAUGCAUCUGUUAUGCGAACAACAGUUAGCAGUACAAGCAGCAACAGCACAGGCAGCAACAGUACAGGCAGCACAUUUCACAGUGUAACAGGGAAGCCUCCUCUCUCUGUGCAGAAGACCCCACACCGGAGCAGGCUUCCAGAUAUUUCACACCUAACCCCUUUACAAGAGUUCAAAAGUGACAAGCCUGCUGCCAGCUAUACGCAGUUUGCAGUAAGUUCAAAUAAAGAACUUGAAAAGAAGUCGAAUAACAUUGAAGCCAUACUGAAUUCCACAGCAAAGGAUGGCCUCCACUAACUUCCAGUUCUCUUGCAGUAAACUUGCAUGAAUUGAACUGUUCCUUUCUCUGCCUAGUCGAAAGCAUUUCAAAGUGUUUUCCUGUAGUACAUAAUCUGUCCAAAGAAUUGGGUUAAACAUGACUGAAAAUGUUAUAUAUAAUGGUGAACUUUGUUACACAAUAAAAUACAUUCCACCACUGCCAUUGUAGUUGUAAUUGUAGAUUUGGGGUUUGGUUGUACUUGUUUUAGGUUGUUACUGUCCAUGUAGAAGGCAAUAAGGGAAAAUAUUGAGGAAACUUAUGAAUUGUUGAAUUUUAAGAUAUAUGCGUGGAAUCAAAAUCUUGUGUGUGUGGUUGGGGGGGGGGCUAUACUGUUGAAUUGUAGUUUUAUUUUGUUGUAUCUGGAGAAGCUUGCUUUUGCAUGUAUAAAUGUUGGUGUAUGUGUGUGCUUACUAUGUGUGAAAUAUGUUCAUUACAUUGAGCAUUUUAGAUGUUGUUUUUUUAUUUUUUUACGACAUUCCUAAAUUGUUUCUGUGAACUUUGUUAUUGCCUGUAUUC